GAACUAACUCAGAUAGUUCCUUUCUUCCGUAUAUAAGUGGAAUAAGAUUUGUCAAUGUUUCAGUACAAAUCUCACCAUCAAACUCACCACCAUGUUGAUUUUGAUUGUCACAUUCUCCAUAUUUUCAUCUUCCUCAGCCAUCCCAGGCUAUCAUAGUGGUGGCCAUAAACUGCGGACAGUUCCUGAGGGGGCAUCAUACGGAAAAAUACAGUAUCCCCACUUUGAUAUAAUCGAUCUUGGAGAUUAUCGAAAGAAUGGUCUACCCCCGAAAUAUAUCCACGUCAACAAAAAAAUUGUGAUCAAGGAACCAAAACCUUAUCACGUGAAGGUACCACACCAUGUGCCGUACCCAGUUAUCCAGAAAGUACCUUAUCCAGUGGUGAAUAAAGAAAUCGUCAAGGUACCACAACCAAUACCUUAUCCAGUUCUGAAGACAGUACAUAUACCUGUGGAGGUACCCAAGCCAUAUCCAGUAUCAUCACAUGAAUACGAAGAGAAGACUGUACACAUACCUGUGGAGGUACCCAAGCCAUAUCCAGUAUCAUCACAUGAAUACGAAGGGAAGAAUGUACACAUACCUGUGGAGGUACCCAAGCCAUAUCCAGUACCAUUGCAUGAAUACGAAGAGUCUUCUUCGUCAGUAGGCCAAACAGGGUAUGGUAGUGAGACGCCUGAUACAAAUCUAGUAGAUUCACAUCAAAAUGAUGCCAAAUCGUUUGUUCACGAAGAUAAUUAUGAUAAAGGACCUUGGAAACCUGUUGAUUUGGACCAAUAUCGGAAAUUGAAUGAAUACAUACAACACCAGGUAAGUCAAGGUGGAGAUAUUUUGAAACAGCACGAUCCAGAGGAGAGACCAGUCUACGAGGAUAAUCAAGAUCACUAUUCAAGUUGAUUCUUCAUCUUUGAGCAUUUGUAUAUAGAAUUUUUUAAUAAAUUGUUUUGUUACGUA